AUGACUCUAUCGACCAAGCGGGCAUCGGCCACGGCUUCUCCAUUCCUCACUUCACUGUGUUCCGCUAUCGUACGCACCCCUCACCGCAACGUCGUCACCAUGAACGACGGUGACAAUCCUAAUCAGUUGGAAGAAAUUUUCCAGAAAAAAGAGGGCUCUCCGAUCCAAAAUUUUCAAAGAGCUUGCGAACAUGAGCCCAUUACAAAAAUCUCAAGAAGGCUUGACUUUGGCACUAAGGAAGAGUUCGACCUUAGGUACUGGACUGAAGUCGAUAAUGCAAUACAAAGAAUUAUUUUGGAAACUCCAUGGCUCAAGACUAGUAAGAACUUGUGCUCUUAUAUUAGCUCUGCUGCUUUACGAAAAGUCGAUACUUCAAAAAUUCUGUCAGAAGUUCUAGGCGACCCAGGCGGAGAGGGUCAUGCACGGAGCAGGAAAAAUGUAUAUGUUCCACGUGUUGAGGACAGAUUUAGCAACAUGAGAAUGCUCAAGAUAUCUAGUGUAGAUGAUCUCGUUGCAAGCUCAAUGAACAUUUUGAAGCCAGCCCCAGUAGCUUGUGAUUUGAAUGAACGUGAAGACGUUAUGCAAGCAUGUGAGCCGGUGGACUUGUUCAUUCUACCUGGGCUUGCGUUUGACAAAUCUGGCAAAAGGUUGGGACGUGGUGGAGUGUACAUCCUCUGCUCAAACACUUACAAUUUCUUUUUUUGGUCAUGGCACUACAACAAUAUUUAUGAUGCUUGCUAGUGUUUUCAUUUGUUUAUUAACUAAUUACUAUUAGAAGACUAAGAGACUUGAAGAAUAAAAGUCGCAAUGUUCGUAACAAGUAGCAACUAGUCUGGUAUUGAAAGUUGUCUCAUUUGGAUGAUCAAUACCCCAUUAUUGACAGUGCAUGGUCAUUUUAAAAUCGGAUUAAUCAUUUCUGCUAGGGUCACUAUUUCACAAGCUUAUUUCUGUUUUCUGUAGAAAUUUGGAAAGAGAAAACAUACUUUCUGCAGACAUAAUUACAUUUAAGUGAAUGUUGCUGUGUGACAUCCUCCAGCUUUAUCAGUCACCUUGUUUUCUCAUGAGGUGAAUUAGGUCACCUACAAACCAAAUUCACAUAGCAAUGCCUAAUGAAGAUAAACAGGCAUUACACAUUACGGCAGGUUUCUCAACCUUGAUGUCAUGGGCUCAAAACUCCUUGUUUUCUACUUCUCCCACC